UUCAAAAUUAAGUUUAUAUAAUGUCAAUGGCGUAUAAUAGAAGUAUCGGAAGUAUAUUAUAUCAGACUUCCAAGGAAAGUAUAAGGAUUGGCAGUAAUUAUCGAAGGUGCUUUUCUGUCUCCAUUUCCAGACACAACUUAUUUGGAGGAACGAAGUCAAUAGGCAAUAAGGGCCAACUCCUUACACCACCUUCGGGGAAGGGAGAAACGUCUUCGAAUCCAGCCGAUUUGUUCAAGAAAAACGAUAUUUUGAUGUACUCAGACAAGCCACUAAACUACAUAGAGUCUGUGAAAGAAAAUGGAUUCCAUUUGGCUAACAACUUGCUCAUCACAUCUCCAAACAAACAGGGAGAGAUAAUUGGAGCGUUGAUGCUACAGAGUGAAACGUUCGAAGUCAAUUUAAGCAACGAAGGGUAUAAGAUUAUAAACAAAUUUAUUGUAGAAUUCAAUGAGGAUGUUCUACAAGUGUUCAAGAAAGUACAUCCCAAGCCAGAAAUAGUAGUGAUAGGCUUGGGUGAAAAGUCAAGAAUGUUGAGUGAGUCCAACAAGAGGUACUUUUCCAGCUUGGGUAUGCAGUUGGAAGUGGGGGACUCUAACAAUGCUGCCCAGAUCUUUGAUCUUUUAGCAACAGAAAGACCAAAUGUGAUUGGAGCACUCUUGCUUCCUCCAAACGUAUAGAUAUUACUGUAUGCUACGCAGGCUAUCAAUACUCUAUAAGCUCUGUAGGCAGUGAAUUAUCAGUUCUGUACUUUCUAUUGUUGAUAGUCGAGCUUUACUAUAUAGCUCUACAGGUCUCUAGACUACUGUAAAUAGUGAACAAUAACUUA